AUGUCUAAUCAAGAUGUUCAUCCAAACAAAUCUGAGGAACAGCGAAGCAAGUAUAAAUACUACAUUGAUUUAUAUAUAGCAUUGCAUCAGCUGAAAACUGAAAAAGAAGAAGAACUCACAAAGAUUUACAAAAAGAUCCAAACCGAAUUGAUCGAUUCAAAGAAAUUCCUACCCCAACUUAUUGUUGAAGAUAUUUUAAAUUUCAUUUCCUGCAAUAAUCGCUAUACAAAGUCAUAUUUAUCUCUUGCGAAAUUCAUAUGCGAUGAUUAUCAUGUCUUAGAAAUCAACAGUGUUAAUAUUAUUUCAAUCUUCUUGUUUUGA